UAGGCAAUUAAUUAAUGAAAGCAAGAUGUCUGCAGACUCACCAAGAAGAGGACUUCAUCGGGGUAUCCAAGUAGUUUCACCUCAGCCGAUUAGUGAUCGAUCAAUAAUUGAUAGUGUUGCUGGAAUCAUCAAUGACAUUGUUCCACAAGCGUAUACUGGUUCACCUAACUCAGACAACAAAGAAUCAAUAACAUGGGCUCGCUUUGAGUAUGCAGAUGUCAAUGAUCCAUCUUUCUUUCCUGAUUAUGUCGAAGGAUCUAGUACACCACCAUUACUGUUGGUUUUGGGGUACACAACUGGUGUACAGGUUUGGCUGAUAGCAGCAUCUGGCGAAGCAACUGAAGUUCUAUCGUGGAGACAGAGUGUUGUUCGUAUUCUAAGAAUUUUACCUGACCCAAAAAUAGUUGAAGAUCAUGCUGACGUGUAUGAAAAAAAACGACCAAUAAUAGCUAUAUGUGAUUCUGCUGGGCCUGGACCUCAAUUUUGCAAUGUUAAUUUUAUUUCCUUGAGAACUGGAGAACAGUUAAAAAGCAUCAAAUUUAAAAAUCCUGUUUGUGAUGUCUUAGCAAAUAAAAGAUCAAUAGUAGUUACAUUUUCCGAGAAGAUAGCUGUUUUUGAUGCUCGAACAUUUGAAGAUAUUUUAACUGUAACAACUUGUUACCCGUGCCCUGGUCUAAAUCCUAAUCCUGUUGCUCUUGGAACAAGAUGGUUUGCUUACAGUGAGAAGAAGUUAAUACCCGCCCGACGUAGUAGCGGUGGAAGUGAAGGUGAAGGUGUACAAAGUUAUACAGCAACAGUUUUGUACGCAGCUAAAUCAUUGGGUAAAGGAUUACGUGGACUUGGUGAGACAGUAGCCUCAAGUUUAACUGGAAAUUCAGUGACUCCUAUGGUAAUCAAUAACAGUGGUAGUGAUAUCACACAACCUGGCGUCGUUACCAUACUAGAUUUACACGCAACAAAAGAAGAAAAAGAGCUUGAUGAUCCGGCUAUUGAAACAGUGGUUGCUCAUUUCACUGCUCAUAGUGACGCUAUUGUUGCUAUGACAUUCGAUUUAACUGGAGCUAUUUUGAUGACUGCUGAUAGACGAGGACAUGAUUUUCAUGUAUUUAGAAUACAACCUCAUCCUGGUGGACCAACAUUAGCUGCAGUGCAUCAUCUUUAUGUUUUACAUCGUGGUGAUACUACAGCUAAAGUACAAGACAUGGUUUUCUCAAGUGACACAAGAUGGGCAGCAGUAUCGACGGUUCGCGGAACAACUCACGUAUUUCCAGUGGCUCCUUAUGGUGGACCUGUGGGUAUGAGAACUCAUUCUACACCUCAUGUUGUGAACAGGCUCUCCAGGUUCCAUAAAAGUGCUGGUCUUACUGAUGAUGGUACAAGGUCUCAUUCUCCUGUUUCUCAUACUGAAUUGCAACCUUCUGUCUACCCGUAUUCUAAUCCAAGACUCCCGCCGUAUCCACAUCCGACGAUUCUUCAUCCAUUAGCGCAGAUUCGUCAACCUUCUACGUUAAAUCACACUAAUAAUCAAUCUCAACCAAGUAGACCUCAGCAACGACAACGGUUACAUUCUGACGAUAAUGGAACACUACCUUUAAAAAUUUGUGCUUGUUUUGCACCACCAAGAGCAUGGAUUUAUACACAAAGAGAGUCAACAAAUAAAGUUUCUAAACGAGCUAUUGACUCAUUAUUCAUAAUGGCGUGUCAUGGAAAUAUGAUUCAGUAUGAUUUAGAACCAAAACCAGCUACAGGUGUACCGAAAGAAAAAGUAUGUGAUGACACUACAAUUGAAUUAGAAGUCGAAGCAAAAGGACAGUGGCCAUUGCUGAGAAUGCCAAACUCUUUUGAAAUACUUCCUCCGCUUUCUUCAAUGAGUCCAUUGUUUUGUUAUUCUGGAUCGCCAAGGACCGUUCAGAGUUUAGAUGGUGCAGAAGAUCGUUGGUUGAGUCAAGUGGAAAUUGUAACUCAUGCAGGACCACAUCGUAGAUUAUGGAUGGGUCCACAGUUUGUGUUUAAAACAUACAACACAUCUAGUGGUGUUAAUGUGGCAGAAUCCGAAGCCAUAGAGAUCGGAAUAAUCGGAGGAUCUCGGCCAGCACGAUCAAAUCCUGUUAAUAUGCCUCAUGCUGCAUCUCGACCUUUAGUGCCUGUUGUUAUUGAUGGCUCAGGAAGCAGUUAUGAACAAUCACCGAGAUUGACUGAAACCUUUGAGAAUUCAGUAGAAAAUGAUGGUGUUGGCAUAGGCAAUGGAGAAAAUCAACUUCGGAGGCGAUUGGUAGUUGAGAGGGUGGGACAACCGGUUACUAAAGUCGUCAACCCUCUGGGCACCGUAAUAACUAUCUUGGCCGACGAGGAAGACGCGAGUUCGAGAGAGGAGUUUGAUGAUGAAGAAGAUUGUGUUCCAGAUGCUCCUAAGAGCUUAUGCGCUGAGGAGGGACCCGCUUCUCUCGGAGAUUUUCAAUCUGAGGGCAGUUCACUUCGUAAUAUUACAGAAAUAUGCGCUGAAAUGCGUGCGGCUAGUGAACCAGCUAUCGAUGGUGUACCAGACGAAAAUAUCCGGGAUGUCCAAGAACAAAAAACACUUUGUGUUGAGGCUGCCAUUAUGAAUUCUGCUGAUAAUGCUAUAGAUUUUGAGCGUGAAGGAGCAUUUCGUGAUAUACCGACCAGUUUGAGUCUCUGUGCUGAACAAGGUGAGAUUCCAAAUAGUCCUAUGACUCAAGCUCGAGAGAGCUCUUGGUCUAGUCGUUUAAAUAAAUGUGAAGAAUCUCAAAUUCAACAUAAUUUUGCUGCGGCUAAAUACAUUGUUAAUUAUGAUGAACAAAAUGUUGUUUUAGCUGAAAAUAAAUUAUCAUAUGAUAAAUUAGAAAGUAAAUCUGUUAAAAAUAAAAAUGAUUCAUUUAAUAUUGAAGAAUCUGAACAUACUCCUAAAAAAUCUAGUAAAAAUACUGCCACUAAUUUACCGGUCAAUAAACGCACGUCAACUGUAAAUAAAGAACGACCUAAAUAUUUAAUUCGUGAACAUGAAGACAGUAUUCUUAUUGAAGAUACUAGUGUUCCUGUUAAAACUAAAGUAGCUGAACCAGUAGAAAAAAAUAUUUCACCUGAUAGCAAAAUAACAACAGAUGUUAAGAAGAAACCGAGUGAUGAUAAAUUUAAAAAAGAGCGUAAUCAAAAAGACAGUGUUAAAAAUGUAGUUGCUGUUGCUGAGGAACCUGAAGUUAUGGUAGUAGAGAGUAAAUCAAUUGAAACCAUUGAUUCGUUUGUUGAAUUAAGAGCACCUGAUAUUUUUAAUGAACGAAUCAGUAUUGUCGAGGCUUUUAGAGAAAUGUUAGAACCGAUGGAAGCUACAGUUGCUACUGCAAUUGCGUGUGAUAUUGCAUCGCUACCAUCUGAUUUACCACCACCACCACCACCACUUGAUGAUUUUCAUUGCAUUGAUUAUCAUAUCGUCGAAGCUAGUGUUCUUCGUAUGAAAGAUGCAAUGUAUCUCAAUCAAUAUGAAGAUGAUAUUGAGCAUAUUCAUAAUAGUGAAGAUAUUUUGACAAUUGAUGAUGAUAAAAUGGAUUGCGAUCGAAGUAAAACUACGAUUGAUGAAAUAGAAUCAUCACCGUUGCGACAAAGAAAAAGUAGCAAAAGUACUAUUUCAGACGAUGAUCUUGAACAUAUUAAUACUUCAGAGCUAACUGAAUUAUACGAAAAAGCAAAAACGUUAAUCGUUGAACAAAACGACGACGUUAACUUGCCAGAUAUUUAUCCAUUGUCGACUGGUAAAGUUGGGACUUCGUCAGAUGAUGAACUUGAACAUGUCGCACACUCAGAAUUCACCGAACUCAAUAAAUCACCGUCACCAGUAAUACCAUUAGAAUUAUCACCACCGCCGUGUUUAAAAUCACCUAUAAAUAAAUCAAGAAAAAAAUCGGCAACAAAUGAUGAAAUAAGUAAAGCCUCGAUAAAAUCUAGAACUUCAAGAAAACGUAAAGAUGUCGUUGUGAUUGACAGUGAAAUUACUGAAGCCGAUGUUACUGUUAUCGUGAAACCACACGAGCAUGCAGAAAAUUGGGACAAGAGUAAAAGUCCUGAAAAAGAUUUAGCUGAAGAAAUUGAUCGAUGUGUAGAACCUGCUGAUCGAUCAAUAGAACCAACAGCGUCUCAGAGCUUACCCAAGAAGACACGAGUUAGAACAAGUAAGAGUUCAAAUUCAACUGUACAAAAAACAUCAGCAUCAAAACUUAUUGAGAUUAUUGAUAUAGAUGCUAUGCAAAAAGCUGAAAUGGAAGUAGCAAGUGGUAUUACAAUACCUGAAUGUAAAAUUUUGGAGCCAUGUCCAGAAAUACCAAUUGCUAGAAUGAAAAAAUCACGGCGUAAUAAAGAAAUUGAAGUGGAUAAUGAAAGUUAUAAAGUAAUUAAAUCUGAUUCAUUGAAUGAAUCUCGACCAGCUGAAGUAAUUGAUUGGUGUCUAACAGAUCAGAAAAAAGAAUCAGAUAUUAGUACAACUAAAAGUAGUACAGCGGAAUGCUCAAUUGAUGAGCCAAAAACGUCAAAGGAUCAAACAGUUAGUGAAAAUAAACCAAUUAAAAAACGUGGUAAAAAAUCAAUUUCAGGUUCUGAACGCGUUUCUAGUACAAAUUGUCAAUUUAGCCUUAAUAGUGGAACUUGCGAACCUUAUAAAUGUAGUUCUACUGAAGAUCCUUCUAUUUUGAUCUCAAAAAGCUCAUCAAUGGAAGUAACGCCGUGUAUAAAAGAUACUGAAAAAUGUAUCGAAGAAACUGUAGAUGUAGCUAUACCAGAAGAUGUACAAAUUACCGUUGAAUUAAAAACUAAUGAUGAAAAUUUACCUAGUAAUAGUAGUGGAGAUUCGCUGGAACAGCAGCAACAUCAACAAAAACAAAAUGAUUCAAAUGAUGAAAUUGCACCAGAACGAUCAAGUUCAUCAGAUGAUCUUAAUGCUAACGUAGUUCCAAUGGAUACUGAAGAAGACAGUGGGGUAAAAGAAGUGGUUGACAAACCAAAUUCAACUACUGCUUCUCCAUCUUGGUCAACUGUAGGCAAGAAAAAUAACAGAUCUAAGAAAAAGAAACGCAGAUGA